AUGACGACCACUGCCGCCGUCGAUAAACGCGAGAUGGACUCCCGCAACCAGAUCAUCUGCAGCGCCGCGCACGUUGCCGUGGGUGCCGCUUGUAUUGCACUGCUUGGGCGCAUUCGGGUCGAUGGGAGCUGGAAGUCCGGCGGCCCACGCGAUAUCUGCUACGAGGGUUGCUGUAUCAGCUGGAGUGCCAAUGCCACCUUCCAGAUAGAGAACCUCUAUAACGAUGCCCAGCGCUGUUGCAAUGCCUGCUUGAACGUUUCUGGAGGUGUAAGCUGUGAGGCUUACAACGUUAGUCUGCAAGGAACCAUUGUCAACCAGUGCUUGAGCAACCGGCCGAAUGGAUGCGCUUAG